UACCAAUGCUACAGAAGACUGGGGCUUGGUCUUGAAGUUUUCAGAUGCAUCUGUAGAUGAAUCAUAACAGCACCAAGAUGUCGGGACGAUCAGGCCGAGCUGAGACCCGAAGUCGGGCCAAAGACGACAUUAAAAAGGUCCUGGCAGCCAUCGAGAAAGUGCGCAAAUGGGAGAAGAAAUGGGUGACAGUCGGAGACACCUCUUUACGCAUAUUCAAGUGGGUUCCAGUAACGGAGACAAAGCAGAUAUUUCGCACCAAAUCCACUGGUGGAGAGGUCAGAGGCCUUAAAGACGUGGUCAUUGAAAACACCAACUCCAUGCUGGAUUUCACCGAUGAAAACAGCAACCAGAGCUUUCUGUCGGACGUUUAUCAGCCAAAGCUUGACAACAGCAGCAGCACGUCCAGCUCGCAGCAGGUCAGCCCGCCGCACACCUACAGCCUGCGGGCCGAGGACUCCCAGCCUCCCAUGCUCGGACAGGAGAGCGUAGACGAACCGGUACCUUCAGGCCGGGAGGGUGCGGACGAGCCGCCGACGCUCAUCAAAGAGGACCCGCUUUCAUCGGGAACUGCCAGACGGAGAACCUCAGACGCUCAGGACGAAUUAGAUGAAUCGGGAGCACCGCCAUUAAAGAAGAUUUGCACAGGGGAAAAUACCGCCUUGAGAUAGCUUUUCUCCCCAUUUGUUCUAUCCGAAUCCACAGAUUACUCGUUCUUGAUUGUUGUAAGAUUAGCAAAGCUUUCAGAACAUUUCUGGUCCUCUUUAAACGCAUACGUUUCAUUUCGGCAAAGUCUUUGUUGUUCUGUUGUUUUGGGGGUGAUUUUGUUUUGAACGGACUGAAGACAGUUUUCUAAAUUUUGUAUGUACCAAGCUCUCUUUAGGCAUUUUCCUCUUCCGAUGCUGUAAACGUUGAAUUUUCUAUGUUCUGCUUCCGUUUGACUUUUGCAUGUGUCUAAAGCUAUUUUUAUGAACAUAUUGGCCAUCAUUAAAAAAAUUAAUAAAUAAAUAAAUAAAGUUUUUCCCGUUUGUAGCUUAAUGCAGAUCGAUGUUUAAAUGGAACCUUUAGCUUUUAAUUUGAUGUUUACUGUGAUAAAUCUUAUGGCUUGUUUCAUUCUAGAAUAAAGUGCUUUUUAAAAAAAAAA